GGUCCACAGCAGCAGACGCAGCAGCAGGUGCAGGUGAAAAUUUUGGUUACAAUUUGAGAAUAUAAAACGCUGCCAAAAUGCCCAAAGUACCGGCAAUUGGAAUCGAUUUGGGUACCACGUACUCCUGCGUGGGUGUGUGGCAGAACAGCAAGGUGGAGAUAAUAGCCAAUGAUCAGGGCAAUCGGACGACACCCUCCUAUGUGGCAUUCAACGACACGGAGCGACUGAUUGGCGAUGCGGCCAAGAAUCAGGUUGCCAUGAAUGCCCAGAAUACGGUCUUUGAUGCCAAACGUUUGAUUGGACGCAAGUUUGAUGACAAGAAGAUACAGGAGGAUCUCAAGCACUGGCCCUUCAAGGUCGUCAAUGAUGGCGGCAAGCCCAAGAUUGAGAUUGAGUUCAAGGGCGAACGCAAGCGCUUUGCACCCGAGGAGAUCAGCUCCAUGGUGCUGACCAAGAUGCGUGAGAUUGCCGAAGUGUAUUUGGGUGGCAAGGUGAAGGAUGCCGUCAUCACAGUGCCCGCGUACUUCAACGACAGCCAGCGGCAGGCAACCAAGGAUGCCGGCUCCAUUGCUGGCCUCAAUGUGCUGCGCAUCAUCAACGAGCCCACGGCUGCUGCUCUGGCCUACGGCCUGGACAAGAAUCUGAAGGGGGAGCGGAACGUGCUCAUAUUCGAUUUGGGCGGCGGCACCUUUGACGUCUCCAUCCUGACCAUCGAUGAGGGUUCCCUGUUUGAAGUCAAGGCCACGGCCGGCGACACGCAUUUGGGUGGCGAGGACUUUGACAAUCGUUUAGUCAACCACUUCAUGGAGGAGUUCAAGCGGAAGCACAAGACCGACAUCAAGGGCAAUGUCCGUGCCCUGCGACGCCUGCGCACGGCCUGUGAGCGCGCCAAGCGGACGCUGUCCUCCAGCACGGAGGCCUCCCUGGAGAUUGAUGCACUGCACGAGGGCAUUGAUUUCUAUUCGAAGAUUUCGCGAGCUCGCUUCGAGGAGCUGAACAUGGAUCUAUUCCGCUCCACCAUGCAGCCGGUGGAGCGUGCGCUGAGCGAUGCCAAAAUGGACAAGAAGGCCAUCCACGAUGUGGUGCUGGUGGGCGGCUCCACGCGUAUUCCCAAGAUACAGCGCCUGCUGCAGGACCUGUUCGGUGGCAAGCAGUUGAAUCUGUCCAUCAAUCCCGAUGAGGCGGUGGCCUAUGGCGCUGCCGUGCAGGCUGCCAUCCUCACGGGCGUUGGCAGCUCCAAGAUUCAGGAUCUGCUGCUGGUGGACGUCGCUCCACUCUCCCUGGGCAUUGAGACGGCUGGCGGUGUGAUGACCAAGCUGGUGGAGCGUAAUGCUCGGAUUCCCUGCAAGCAGCAGCAGACCUUCACCACGUACAGCGACAACCAGAACGCGGUGACCAUCCAAGUGUUCGAGGGCGAACGGGCCAUGACCAAGGAUAACAAUCUUUUGGGCACCUUCAACCUGACCGGCAUACCGCCGGCUCCGCGUGGCGUGCCACAGAUUGAUGUGACCUUUGAUCUGAAUGCCGAUGGCAUUCUGAAUGUGGCCGCCAAGGAUCACAGCACGGGCAAAUCCGAGAAGAUCACCAUCACCAAUGACAAGGGACGUCUGUCCAAGGCCGAGAUCGAUCGCAUGCUCUCCGAUGCCGAGAAGUACAAGGACGAGGACGAGCAGCAGCGCGAACGUGUGCUGGCACGCAACACUCUGGAGGGUUACAUCUACGGCUGCAAGCAGGCAGUGGAGGAGGCAGCCGCUGGACUCCUCACCGAUGCCGAUCGCAGCACGGUGCGGGAGAAGUGCGCCACGGAGUCCGCCUGGCUGGACAAGAACACGCUGGCCGAGAAGGAGGAGUAUGAGCAUCAUCUGAAGGACUCCCAGCGCGUGUGCAGUCCCAUCAUGUCCAAGCUGCAUGCCGGCGGACAGAAAGGCAAACAGCAGACUGGCAAUGGCAACGGCAGCGGCAGCGGACCUACCGUGGAAGAGGUUGACUGAAGCCAAACAAAUUCUGCAAUUCAAAACAAAAUUUGUUUAAUUAUGUACGAGCUAUUCCGGCAAUAAAUUAACACUCUUUAGGCACA